AUGUGGACGUAUGGGAAUUUCGACACGGUUAUGGCAACGCCAGAGCUGUGUGAGGAUUUCAACUAUGAAGGAUCAUCAAACCCCCCGGCAGUCGACCAGAGCGCAUUUGCGUCCUCCUCCACCAGUCAAAUGCCUCUUGGUGACGACUACAACAUUGGCGGAAUUGCCUGGGAUCCUGCAAGUAAACCUGAUGUCUAUGAUGGAUUGUUGCCAGAGAUGAUGAGUCCAUCCCCUAUCACGCUAGAUUCGAACGAGGACGAGGAGGUCCUGCGUGACAUUCAGCAGUUCUUUGACAAAGCGUGGUUUAUCUUCCCUCUCCUGUCUUAUGAGUCGAUUCGGUCCCAACUAAAUACGCGACCUGCUUCGAAGGCGAACCCUCAGUUUCGUUGCUUACUACUUACUAUUCGACUGGCGAACGCAACAGUUGAGCAUCGGAUGACCUCAGCACAUAGUGCAACUCUCCUAGGCCUCAUUCGGCGCAUUGAGAUUUGCCGGCAUGACUAUGACUUCGCCGAGCCACCAACGCUAGAUGACGUGGUCACUUCGACGGUCUUAUUCGUCGCAUACAACAUAAUGGAGAAACACGUUCGUGCAUUUCUUUUCCUAGAUGAGGCUAUUUCUCUUCUAGAAGAGGUGAACCCGGUGGGCGAAGCCGAGUUUCUCAGGAAGCAACUGAUACAACAAGUCCUUUACAACACAGAAGCCGCUUCAGUUGCGAUCUAUGCUCACGGACGUCGAGGACGCCGAAUGAAGAAGCCGGUGAAGUUGAUAGACAAGCUUCCAACAUCGUCAUCUACGGAUGGAAGCGUCACGCAGUUCGAUAGACUGGCUUUCCAACUACUCAACAAACUCUCCCAAAUACAUCUGGCAAAUGACGCCGAAGAGCUACAAACAACCAACACCAACCACCUGGAGGGCGAUUUGAAAACCUUAUUCGAUGUCUCCCUACAACAGCAUCAAUUCUGUAGGAUUCAGGCCGCUGAUGUUGCAGUAACUCACCAAUGGCAACUCUCCCAAAAGGCAGUCCUUGGCCGGGCGAGAGGGUUGCCAGUCUCAAGGCCAAGCUUGCAAGAAGUUGAGGACCUCGGCCUCACGGCUAUGGCUUGGGUGUGCUCUUUGAAGGAAGGUGAGCUACGGAUUGUUGGUUUGGGAAAAUUAGCAGGGCUGGCACGGGCCAUUCACACGAUUGCAGGAAACAACUGCUGCGAUUACGCCAUUGCCGGGCUCGUGGGCGCUGUCAUGAAAGAGGAUCACGAUCAUCAGUUCACUUCUGAGUUAGCAGAAGUUAUCAUGCCGAGGUUGUCGGUUCCGCUUCCGAUAGAAGGACCACUCCAAAACGACUAUGCAAACAAUCGACUCCGAGCCCACCAGUAUCCAGCUGAUGGUCAAAUUUGGCCCCUCAACGAUGGUUGGUAA